UUUGUAUUGCGAAAAUUGAUAAAUUGUUGAAAAAGAAAUAAUAAUACUUAAAUAAUCUAAAUCGAAUUCAAAAAGAUUUCAAUAUGUUCACAUUAAUUUCGAAAAAUUGCGUGUCCGCCAUUUUUCUACUUCUUCUAUUCUCCGAUUCGUCGAAUUACGUUUGUUCCUUGUGCAAUACCUGCUCUGUAUCAAGUAAUUUAGCCUGCGUGUCGAAAACGGAGUUCACAGUGUGCGUCAAUGGCUUUCCUACGGGAACGGCGUCUAGUUGCCCAGAUGGAUAUAUUUGCUCGACAACUGCGGCCAGCAUCUGUGUAUCGAGCACUGUUACGAGUGUAAUUGGCGAUUGUGGAGAAUGCAAAACCUGUGAUACCUCCCACACAUUUGCCUGCACUGGUGUUCGCACGUAUGCCCUUUGCUUAGGCACAGACACCAUCAGUGAUUUAGGUGGCAGCUGUGCGCCCUAUCAUGUGUGUAGUAUCGACUAUCCAUACAUAUGCGGCAAUGAAACCUUGGGGAUUCCAUCCACGUGUUCGACUGCUGAGGAAACAGAUACCACAACUACAACUGAGAGUACCACAACGACAAUUGCGACGACUACUUCAGGUUCGGUACUCGUGACCGAUCCAGUGGCAUAUUGCCAAACCUUACAACAAAGUGGUCGCUUUCCAGUCGGUAAUGAACUUUCGACAACCUGUAAACAGUAUGUCUUCUGUUUCGUAAAUAACAGCGUUUGGAAUGGCGUGCUCUACUACUGCCCAGGUGAAACUUAUUUCGAUAGUACUGCACGAUAUUGUUCACCAACCAUACCGGUACGUUGUGAGAGUGCAUCGCGGUCAUUAUAUCUGCGAGGUUAUGAAAUAGUUUUCGAUGAUGGCGAAACAAUCGAGUGAAUAAUACCGAUUAUGAGAGGUUACACAAAUGAGCAGUUAUAAAUGGAAUAUGAGGUCGAGGAAUCUUGUAAAGGAGGGAACUUUGUAGUGAAAGUUCUGAAAAAUAAGAAGUGUUUGCUGUUGUGACGUCACCGUAACAGCAUUUUUUGUCCAAUCUACCACAAACUACUUCACUCUGUACUCUCUCACAAAGGUUGUUAUUAUUAUUACAUAGUUAAAAUACCAGUCAGGUUAGGUUAGGUACCUAACAUAACCUAAUGUACCAGUGUUAUGCAUUUAAAUAAAUAAGAACAAGAUGAAUCAGUA